CACGGAGAGGAGAGGAAAGAGAAGGGCAAGGAAGCAGGGACCUGUGAUACAGUCAGUCAGCAUCGAGCUCUUGGCGCCAAUCCGAUUUAAAGAGAACAAAACCAGUGCGUUUUUAAUUGAUGUUUUAACCCAAUUUUCGCACAACUACUGGUUCUCCCGCAGCCAUCAGUCGGUGCUACAGCCAGCUAGCCUCGUUAGCACACUAUCUAUCAUUGUCACAUUAAUCUGUAGCGACGAGAACCCACAACUCCACACCAGCAAAGCACGGGGACAAAAGAGGAAGUCCAACAGAGCAAAGGAGAAGAAGGCCCGGCGUCAGGAAGAGAGGGCAGCCAUGGACGCCGUCUGUGCCAAGGUGGAAGCAGCUAAUAAGCUUGAUGACCCACUGGCUGCCUUCCCAGCCUUCAAAAAGUACGACAGAAAUGGGCUGAACCUGCAGAUAGAGUGUAAGAGAGUGACCUCACUCAACCCGCUGUCUGUGGAGUGGGCCUUCGAACUCACCAGAGCCAACAUGCAAACACUGUAUGAGCAGAGCGAGUGGGGGUGGAAGGAGAGGGAAAAGAGGGAUGAGAUGAACGACGAGAGGGCGUGGUACCUACUUGCCCGCGACGGUGACUCCGCCCCUGUGGCCUUCUCUCACUUCCGAUUCGACGUGGAGUGUGGGGAGGAGGUUUUAUAUUGCUAUGAGGUACAGUUAGAGAGCAGAGUGCGGAGGAAAGGACUCGGAAAGUUCCUCAUCCAGAUUCUACAGCUCAUCGCUAACAGUACGCAGAUGAAGAAAGUGAUGUUGACAGUUUUCAAACACAACCACGGGGCUUACCAGUUCUUCAGAGAAGCUUUACAGUUUGAGAUUGAUGAGACUUCGCCAAGCAUGUCCGGUUGCUGCGGCGACGACUGCUCUUACGAGAUCCUCAGCCGGCGGACCAAACACGGCGAGGCCUCGGCGGGACACACCCACGGGGGUGGCCACUGCGGGGGCUGCUGCCACUGAUCCGCUUCUGUUCCCCCCCCCCUUUUUUUUUUUUUUUUAUGAUUAGUUAAAAGCCAGCAACUUGCAUGGCUGUGUGUGAAAGCUUGAGCUGCCUGCUACUCUGCAAGCGUUUUGAGUUUGCCCGACUGUAGAGUGCCGUUAAAAUGAACCGACGGUGGAAUACCUGGCUACAGAUAUUGGUGUCGCAUUAUGGAUUGAGAUUUGUGUGGGUUAUUUUGUGUGUAUUCCUGCUACAACAGCAGUAUGCGGUGUGAGCUUUCACACAUAGCUCCUGUUCUUUCUUUCUUCCUCAUUGGUUCAAUGUCCAAGCCUUCUUUUCUCAUUCUCUUAUCCCAGUCAAUGAUGACAAUUAGUUGUUCCCGGUUAAGAAAAAGCUAAAGCAUUGCUGACAUUCUCUACCACGGCAAUGAAUCCUCAUCUCCUAACGUGCUACACUGUAUUCAAUCAUUCUUCAGCGCUUCUUAAACUAUGGCUCGGGACCUGGCCGAAGGCUGUAUUAUAGAAACUUACUACCUCAUAUCAAGGUGCCACAAUACAUUUUUCUAAAUAAAUCACGCCCUCAUUCAAGUCACCAUCACAUAAGAAGAUUAAGUCAGUUUCUGUUAUACAGCCCCUGAUUUCUUUGGGCCCUCACUCUGAGACUCGCACCUUGUUCCACUGAACCAGGGUCUCAGGAUUAGGCUUAAAGUACUCACAUUUUGGUCCCAGAAAACAGUCUGAGAAGCCCUGCUCUACCGUUAUACCACCUGUUCUAUCCUCAUAAGGCUUUCAAGUGGUUUUGUAACAAAUGAAGUGCAGCUAGCAGCAACUCCACAUCGGCCCAUUAUACUAACGUUACAAGAGUACAGUCCACUAAUAGCAGCCUCCAUCUUCUCUAUUCGCCAAAAUCCAAUUAUUUUAAUUCUUAUAAUUUAUGAGACGAGAUGUGCCCUUUUCUUGAUUUAUACUUUCUGUUCUUCCACAGUGAGUAAAACUGUGGCUGUCAAUCUCCAGAACAUAAUCCCAGUAUGACCCUCUUGCUCAUUGAGAUGUUCAACCCCCAGUUAAUUUCCUCAUCAGAGUUGCAUGUCAUGACUCUGCUGUCUUCAGUCCAUGAAAUCAUUAGCUCCCAUUUACACCCUUUUCUUACCACCAUCUCCUAGCCAUAAUGUGUGUUCCCAUGCUUCACAUCUGUAAAAUUGCAUCCUCCCAGUCUGUUGGUCCCGGACGAUGCCUGCAGACCAAUUUAUGUUGCUCUCAUCUUCAGCCCCCUUUGUACAAUUGCAUUACUCCUGCUUGCCUCUUCAUUCGCUUUGUUUCCAAGAGGUACUAAUGAUAAACAAUUUGAUGUUGACGCUACCUUUUUAGCUGUAUUUAAAAAAACAGAAAAAACUACAACCAUCCUCCAUCCCUUCUCUUAUAUAGUUUGUUAGCAUGAGCAAAUCAUAUUGAUUUAACAUGGAUGAGGAUCGGUAGAAGUCCCUGUUUCAUUAUGUGGCCGUCUGAAGCUGAUGAAUGCUAUUAACUUGGAUGAGGGAACACAGAUUGGAUGGAUGGAUGAUAGAAGUGAUUGCAGAGCACUGAAAGUGUUUUUUAAUGGACGUUAUUCCUUUUCUUCCCAUUAGCACCCGUUUAGAAAUGUAACACAAAACUCGUAGCCUGAAUCAUGAUCAACAGUGCUGUUUGAACAAAUCUCCCAUGAGUCAGUGCAUGUUAGAAAUACGUGAUGAGGGAGUUGUGUGAAAUUGAAAGUGAAUGCUGACACAAGGUAUUCCUUGGCACAAAGUCCGUACUUUAAGAUUUGUACUGUACACGUGCUGCCAUUUUAAUUUAGAAUUUGACUUCUUGUAGGAGUUCCACUUUGACAGUAAUGUGGAAUCUAAAAUCCAAUCUAGAAAGGCAAAUAUCUGGUUGAUUCCAUGUCUGUUUACAAAACCUUUAGGGUAUUUUUGGACAGUUCUGAGUGCUGGUCUGCUUGAUAAGAUGCCCCAUCUAAAAACUACCAUAAACCCCUUUAAUUCCAGGACUGUAGUCAGUUUGUAAAGAUUUUCCUUGUGGGCUGGAGAUGUAAACAAAUAUCACUUCACUUUUCUGCUGUGGAUGUAAAGGUUCCUCUAUCUAGUGUGACUGCGAAAGGCUUUAAUUGGUACGUUUUGAAAUGUUUUUUUCUUUUUUAAACGGUCAUAUCAAGGCUCAACUUGAGAUUUGUCACAGAUUAAUGCCUGGUUAAAGUAUGUGAAGCAGGGCAGGGCUGAAAUGUGAAAUUGACAGACAUUUUCUUACACCUAGAUACCGAAAUCAUCUGUGUUUAAAAAGAUCAAAAUGUUAUCUAUCACCAAAAACAAAGAACCUUUUGGAUGACAAAGUCCAGAUCCUGGGGUGAAAGUUUCUGAUUGCUUCUAGACUCAGUAGAGACUAUAAAAUAUUCAGCAAUUCAAGACGACAUAUUGGUGUCUCAUGCUUGUUUGAUCAUGAACAACAAAAAACAGUGAAACAAAAUAGUGCUUGUUUUAGUUCUAGACUGCUUUCUGAUAAGUACAGUAAGUCAUUUUUUUGUACUGCAUAAGUUACGAUGAAAAGGGGAUGUUGUACAUAGUGGUAGUAUAUCAACCGACUGACAGUCUCUCUCUCUCUCUCAGGUUAAUCAAACGUAAUCAAACCUCAUCUGUUUUAUUCAACAGCCGUGAUCGCUGGAUUGGAUUGGCCCCAGCUCUGACCUAGAGUCAGUUUUUGUUUGUGUGUCAUGCCGUAGUAAUUUUACAAUGUGUUACAGUAAAAGAAAGCUCCUCUAUGCCUUGGGAAUGUGAAAUUGCAUGAAAGUGAAUAUGACACAAAGUUUUUAACUGACCCUAGAUCAGUGCACAGUUGUUACAUUAAAUCCAGAUAGGUGGGCUGUGUUUUAAGAAAAAAAAGCUCAGAGUAAAAAUCAGUUUGUGAAAAUAUCUUAAGUUUGAAAAUGAGCUUAAACUCAACCAGUUUAUUUUAAGUCAGUGAGUACUUUUAUUUUGGAAAAUGGUUUCAUACCCACACAAAAUCACUGAUCCUUCUCUUGGUCUUUUCUCUGUGUAUGUAUAUAUAUAAGCUGUUGUGGAUCCAUCUUCAUUUUCAUUUCUUGGCCUUUUACAGGUAAAACACUUUUUAAACAUGUUAAAAGUAAAACUCCAUGUUUGAGAGUGAGUGUUCCAGUCCUGUCCAUAAACGACAAUGAAAGGGAAAACUAAGUCAUUCUGCCUUGUCAGUGUUUUAUUUGUAUGUUACAAAUAAAGGAAAGUUGUUUGACUUUUCAAGAGAUG